AUGCUGCUUGGCAAUGAUUUGGCUGGGGGUAAGGUGCAGCCAUCUACUGUGUUGAGUGACAUGCCGGUAGUGGAUUCCAAGACAGAGGCUUUGAAAACGGCUAUCCCAGGUAUUUUUCCAUCGUGUGCGGUUACCAGAGCGCAGGCUAUGGCAGGGCGAGAUGAGAGAGAGGUUGAAAAUGGUGGUGACAUAGAUUUAGGGGAUACAAUUUUCAGAGAUCUGAGUGAGAGAAUGAAUAGUCAGACUGGUGAUGAUAGGACUGUUUUCAGCCAGCCUGCCUUGAUUGCAGCCCAACAGUCAGCUGCAGACUUGAAGGGUUUGUAUCAUGUUGCUUUGACAGCAGAGGAGGCUGAGAAGGUCUCACAGUGUUAUUACAUCAAGUCUGGUGUGUUGAUGCGAAAAUGGUGUCCUCCUGGUCGCCCAGCUGAUGAAGAUUGGGUUGCGGUAGAUCAGAUUGUUGUCCCGCCCCAGUAUCGAGCAGAGAUUCUAAGGUUAGCUCAUGAUAUUCCCCUUGCUGGACAUCUAGGUGUGAGGAAGACAGUGGCCAGGAUUAGGGCUCAUUUCUACUGGCCUGGUCUCAGGAAGUGCGUAUCUGAGUAUUGUAAGUCAUGUCAUGUCUGUCAGGUGGUGGGCAAGCCACAACAUCACAUCAAACCAGCCCCACUUAUUCCAAUUCCUGUUUUUCCUGAACCAUUUAGCCGUGUAUUGAUAGAUUGUGUUGGCCCUUUGCCGAAAACCAAGGCAGGUUAUCAAUACUUGCUUACUGUCAUGGAUUCCACCACACGUUUUCCAGAAGCUUUUCCGUUGAGGAACAUUAAGGCUAAGACGGUUAUUGAUGCCCUCUUGGUGUUCUUCACACGCUAUGGACUCCCUCAAGACAUCCAGUCAGAUCGGGGCUCUAAUUUCACGUCUAGUGUAUUCCAGGAGGUGAUGCAUCAAUUAGGAAUCAAGCAGGUAAACUCAUCACCUUACCACCCACAGUCGCAGGGUGCCCUUGAGAGAUACCAUCAGACCUUAAAGACAAUGAUCAAGUCUUACUGCUCUGAGAACUCUGGAGACUGGGAAAAGGGCAUUCCUUUCCUCCUAUUUGCCUCUCGUGAUACUCCAAAUGAAUCUACGGGAUUCACCCCAUUUGAGCUUGUGUUUGGCCAUGAGCCAAGAGGUCCUCUCAAGGUAGUGAAGGAGCAUAUGUUGUCAGAUUUUGGGGUGGAGAGUGGGAAUGUGCUUGAUUAUGUGUCACAAUUUCGUGAACGACUCUUGAGGGCGUGUGAACUCGCGGGGGAACAUUUGAGGUUGUCUCAAGGUGCAAUGAAGGCCCGGGCAGAUAAGAAGGCAGAACCUCGCUCAUUCGAGCCUGGUAGCAAAGUCCUUGUGUUACUGCCCAUCCAGGGUGAACCUCUUAGAGCAAAGUUCAGUGGUCCAUAUGUGGUAGAGAAGAACUUGGGUAAAGAAACCUAUCUUGUGAGUACUCCAGAUAGGAGAAAAACAAAGAGGGUUUGCCAUAUUAAUAUGCUGAAGAAGUAUUAUGAUCGUGACGAGGUGGCGACAGUUGCUGUUGUUUGUGAAAAGGCAGCAGAACAUAUUCCUGCAGAACUUGAAAUCCCGGUGGAAGCGGAGAUUGGUGAAGGGAUUUCUGGAAAGGUGAAUAACUCACAGGUGAUGGCUGAUCCCUCAAAGAUAUUGGGUCAUCUAUCAGAUUUUGAACAGCAGGAUGUAGUGCAAAUACUUCUUGAUUACCCUGAAGUAUGUGGAGAUAAGUUGGGAUAUACCGGAGAGACUAUUCAUGAUGUUGAUGUAGGCGAUCAUCUGCCUAUUAAACAACAUCCCUACCGUUUGAAUCCAAGAAAGAAGAGCCAGGUGCGGAAGGAACUUGAGUAUAUGCUUGCAUGCGGUGUCAUUGAGCCUAGUCAGAGCUGCUGGAGUUCACCUGUAGUUCUUGUUCCAAAACCAGAUGGGAGUCAGCGUUUUUGCAUUGACUACAGGAAAGUCAAUGCUGUAACAAAACCUGACUCAUUUCCUCUACCUCGUAUUGAGGAUUGCAUUGAUCAGAUUGGUAAUGCAAGGUAUAUCACAAAGCUGGAUCUGAUGAAAGGUUAUUGGCAGGUGCCAUUAACAGAGAGGGCUAAAGAACGUUCUGCAUUUGUGACCCCACAGGGGUUAUUCCAGUGUCGGGUUAUGCCAUUUGGCAUGAGGAAUGCUCCAGCGACAUUUCAACGGCUCAUGAAUUGUGUAAUUGCCGGACUGGACAAUGUUGUAGUAUAUCUUGAUGAUAUUCUAGUAGUUAGUGAUACCUGGUCAGAUCAUCUAACUUGCUUGAGAGAUGUGUUUGUCAGAUUGACCAAGGCAGGACUUGUUGUGAAUUUGUCCAAGUGUGAGUUUGCGCAGGCAACAGUAUCUUACUUGGGUCAUGUAGUAGGGCAUGGACGCGUUGCCCCACGAGAGGCAAAGAUCCAAGCUAUUGUGGAUUUCCCUGCCCCUUCCACAAAGAGGGAGGUGAUGAGGUUUCUGGGCAUGUGUGGGUUUUACCGCAAGUUUGUUCCGAAUUUCAGUGACAUUGCUAUUCCUCUUACAGAUCUUCUCAAGAAGGGGACCAAGUUUGAUUGGACCAAACCAUGUGAGAUUGCCUUUCAGAAAUUGAAAGCUGUUCUUAUCUCAAAGCCUGUAUUGCAGGCUCCUAACUUUGAGCAUCCGUUCCUACUGGCCACUGAUGCAAGUGAGGUAGGAGUUGGUGCAGUUCUCCUUCAGUUGGAUGAAGAGGGUUUCAUGAAACCCGUGAGCUACUUUUCGAAGAAGCUUGAUGUACACCAGCAAAGAUACUCUACGGUAGAGAAGGAGUGCCUAGGUCUGGUGCUGGCAGUUCAACACUUUGAUGUGUAUUUGAGUAGCUGCCCUGAUGUGACCGUUUUCACGGAUCACAAUCCACUAACCUUCCUCGAAAGGUUUAGGAACAAGAACCAGAGAUUGUUCCGUUGGAGUCUGUUUCUUCAGCCUUAUGGGCUGAACGUGACUCAUAUCAAGGGAAAUGACAAUGUUAUUGCGGAUGCACUUUCUAGAGUUUAG